ACCAAAAAAUACAGCUGGAGCAGUAUAAGAGCAUAAUUUGAUGAGCAUGAUUAGAGGAACAGCCAGAUGGUCCUAUUCUCUCUUGGGAGUAAAACAAUGCUGCUCCAACCCCCAGGAGACUGUCUGAGGUCUGGAGUCAGCACUCGCCAGUCCAGGCUGAAAACAGACUCUGAAUCAUGAAUGAUUCACGGUGUGGGCGGGAGCUUCUGUCGCCGCGAGCUGCCCCAUGGGCCGGACACCGAGCUCGUGACAGGCUGGUUAACCAACGGUGCAGAGGCAGGACAAAGAUGGAAAGAGCCAAUGAUAGAGAGGAGGAGACCGUGCUGCUCAGCUGAGACGCGAAGAGCUGCAAGGAGUGGCGGAGGGAAGCAAGGGAGGGAGUGCACAAGCGACGGCUGAAAUUGCAUGAGAGUGCUAAAGGAGGAAAACAGGUCGAGGAGUGAACGUGGGGGGAGGGAGAGAGUGGGAGACAGAGCGAUAGGUGGAGCACCGAGAAGAGGAGAGAGCAUCUGUUGACUUGCAUCUUCUAAAGGACUGAUCCAGACACACAGGAGAAAUCAUGGCCAACCUCACUGCCACCAUACACCCAAGUAAUCUCUCCCGGCACCCAGAGGCAGUGUCUCUUUCCCACGUCUCCUUGCAAGUCCAGGAAGUGUACCCCUUCCAUGACGGCUGGAAUGUGGCGUGCUUCAUCAUCCUCCUGCUCUUCAUCCUCACUGUCCUGUCUCUGGCUGCCUUGGCCGUGCUCUACGAGCUACUUGACUGUGGGUGCUGCGCCAAAGAGAAAACACAUCACCAGCUACAGGAGGAGGGGCCGGGGAGCUGCAGCAAGCUCAUGACCAGCAUUUGCAAGGAGCCAGAAUCGCAUACUGAGGUGGUAUAAAGGCAGCCAUGACGAGGAAAAGAGACAGUAGGAGAUCGGGGGUCACUGCUGAGCCAGGCAAUAGCACAGGCGCUGACCCCGAUGCCCAGAGAAAUGAACUUCAACAACUGUGUUAUAGUGGUUCAGUUGCUCACAGUUGCAAAGGGGGCCCAGAUAAAAAGGAAAGGGGCAGUGUUUCAUUGAUUUGGAGUGAGUCUUACUAGCUUUUCAUUUUGGUUAUGAGAAAACGCUCACAAAUAUACAUUCGCUACAACUUGCCGUAGAGUGCAGACCCUGAAAGCCAUAUUUUACACCAGAAAAUAACCAGGAGAGAGAGAGAGAGAGAGAGAGUGCCAGAGUAGAAAAUAUCACUGAGAGCAGCACUAUUUAAAUGGAAUGGUUUUUACUUUGAUUUCUUAUAUGGAGCCAAAAAAUGAAAGCCAAAAAAUAUAUACUUUAAAAAAAGACACUAAUCUGGAUGAAUAUCAGCAAUUUCAAAAGGAAAGCAAGUUUUCUUGUUCAGCGACACCUUCUCUGUGAGUACUGCACAUACUUGUUACCUGUUUGAUGGAAAUAACCAUCUAUAAGAGGUGAGAAAUGUUGUACACUGUCCAAAUCCAAGAAUUUCCCAAAAAAGGGUCCGACAAGCAACAGAGAUAAUCUUUAAGUUGGAUAUGAUCUUUGCAUUGGAUGAAGCCUGUGUUAUUCCGCUCGUAAAAUGUGUAACUGUGCCGUAAAUAUGUUAAGCAUUGCAAAAUUAUUUGAUGACUACUGACACGUGGUUGCUGCACAGUGAUGUACUUUCAUUUCAUGUUGAGGACCAUGUAUAAUUUCAUAUGCCUUACCACAAAAUGCCUAAUAAAUUGUCACUUAAUUAUUUACCAGUUUUUAGUUUUUCUGCUGGAAGAAGCAGUUGGUUCAGUAAUUAUACUGAGAGAUCCAUUUAUGAGGUCGCAUGGAAUGUUAAUAGACAAGUCUGGGAAUAUGAAGACUACAAACUGGUUGUUUGUCAUAUUAUAUGUUUUUACUCUCUGUGAGCUGCUCUCUCUUCAUUUAAAAGUGUGUGCAGGGGGAGGAGGACAGAAUUCAGAAGGUAUCCUGGUCUUGAACUACUGCUCCUUGUAAAAUAAUUGUUUUGAAACAAGUACCUUGUAUUUAGAUGGAGGCCUUUUGAGUUUGGAGAGGAAGCAACAGCAAUUGUGAGAAUGAUAUGACACCAGGCAAAAUCUGUGAAUAAGAGGGGCUCAUACAAUUGUACUCUCUACAAAUUUUGGAAACUUUACUGAAUGGCUUUGCCUCAGCCAUUGUAAUGACAUAACAAGACAAUGUUAGUUAGUUAUAUAAAUGUUGACAGAUGCAUCCAUAUUGAAACUGAACAAUAAUACAAGUAUUCUUUUCAGUACAAAGUUCUGU